AUGAGAAGCCGCAGAGGAACAGGCUUCCCCUCAGCUUGCCCUAAGCCCGUUGCUGUUUCUCAAUGCUCUAACAUCACGCCACUAAUCGUUGAUGUAACACUUCCCCUUCUCCUGAGUACGAUUGUAAGCGUGUCACUGCACAGAGGUUGGCAGUCCGACAAACUCACUCAAUAUCACAAAAAACCCACUAGAUUAGAAUGCGAGGGGUUGGUUCAGAAUGUUCAAGCUUUUGAUUCACUCACUUUUUCCACUUUUGAACCCAUUCACCACAUUCUAAAUGAACGACCGAUUGAUGGGACCCUCGUCAAGUGCCAACAUCGGCGGCUUUACACCUUUACGCGAAAGCUUGAGGGUGCUGGGGUGUCUGACUUUUCUGCUUAAUCUUGAUUUCGUGGCCUCCUAGUCAUUGUGGCUUUGCUGUGUGCCUUGGAUUUGCAAGAAAAACGAGCCCUAACGGUUCGAACAAGCGACAGACACAUAGGAUCGACCAGACGAAAGCUCAACAGAAACGGG